GGUCACAACACCCUGCUUUGGCCAUGCCCUGUAUCUUGUAUUUCAAUGGGGUGGUCAAUAGAGUGGUUAAGUGGAAUGAACUAGCAUUGACACUUGACUUUUCUCACCGUUCUGGUUUGACUAACCUGAUGCUAUGACAUAAGUAUAUUUCUUUCCUGCUCCCUGAAAUGUCACUUUAAAAAAAGACUUCCUUUAAACAGCACCCUUAGAGAGCUGAUUCUAAAUUGCUGUUUAGCUGAGCAGCAAAACCUCCGCUUUCUAGCCAUGAUUGGUCGAUCAACUAAAUUUAUUUCUUUGGUGCUGGUGUUAACAGCCACCAUUAUUUUUUUUCUGCUUGCACUGGAAAAUCUGACCAUAAAAAAAGACUUCGACUCUACCUGGACGGCCAUCUCAGAAAGAAACAGAGUCAGUGGAGAAUACAACUUGUUGAAAAUUGGCGAUUUAUUGCAAAACAAGGAAAAGUUAAGUCCAACAGCAGACACAUCUCAAAGGAAUGUUUCAGUGACUUCAACUCCUUCUGAGACUCCAAUACCCAUUUUAUUGAAAAAAAGAUUCAAGAAGCUUCCUCAGUGGAGCUUUGAAGAUAUUUACAACUUGGAUGCUCCCCCAAGACCGGUGACAUGUCCGCAGUCUCUGCGUAACUCCAAGGAUCAGGAAUUCCAGAAAGCCUUCCUUCCCAACAUACGCAUGUAUAUGCACAAAAACAACUUUAACAUUAGAGAGUGGAACCGACUUUCACAUUUUAACAAUCCUUUUGGUUUUAUGGAAAUGAAGUAUGACGAUGUAAUGCCUGUAGUGAAACUCAUCCCAAAGCCAAAAGAACCACUGCUUCUCCCAAAACCAGGUGGGGAUGGCUGUGUGCACUGUGCUGUGGUGGGAACUGCAGGCAUCAUGAACGGCUCAAAAAUGGGCGCCGAGAUUGAUGCUCAUGACUACGUCUUUCGGAUGAAUGCUGCAGUGACCAAUGGUUUUGAGGAAGAUGUCGGGAGCAGAACAUCAGUGUAUGUUCACACGGCUCACUCAAUAACAUCAGCCCCUUAUUUUUACGGCAAGUUUGGAUACAAGGCAGCUCCGCAUGAUGAGGGUAUAAAGUAUGUCCUGAUUCCUGAAGGUUUGCGGGACUUCCAGUGGCUCAACUCUGUCCUUACAGGAGAAAAAGUCUCUGAUGGGCAAUAUCGUAACAGAGAGUUUGUAUUUGUUUUUAUCUACAGAGAUCUUUUUCGUUGAAUAUUUGUGUGUAUUUGCAUGUCAGUGAAAACAUUUUAGUGAAGCUAAUGUUUGGACAGUAAAGAUAGGCUACAGAAAAGUAAAAUUAAUGUAUUUCUUUUGUUGCUUUGUAGUUUUGCAGCUGCCUUUUCCUGAUCUAAAUUGUGGUGUUGCCUAGGAUUACAUCUCAACCUCGCCAUGAGCUAGGGUGACCAAACGUCUGUAUUUUCCGGGACAUAUC